AUGAAAUCCGGACUCAUUCUACUAUCCCCCUUAUGCCUUUCUACCAUCUUAUACGCAUCCCCAACAUCUACGCCCAACCCCAACCCUCCGACAGUGUAUCUCAUCCGUCAUGGGGAAAAACCCCCAGAUCCCGGGGACAGUGGACUAAAUGCCGAUGGCUUCAAACGCGCCGAGUGCCUCCGGGAGGUAUUCGGCGUGGGGUCACCUUAUGGAAUAGGCCAUGUGAUGGCGCCCAAGCUCAAUAAGCGUAAGACAUGGCGCAUUUCAGGCGGUUAUUCCUACUUUCAGGCCGAACAAGCUAAUGUUUAUGUUGGUGACUGCUCAGGAGGCCAGCAUAGGCGUUCCUAUGAGACCGUCCUCCCCGUCGCACAGGACCUUGGCCUCUCCGUUGAUACAUCCUGCAAGCGCAAUCACGUUAAGUGUGUGGCGAAACGGAUCAAAGAGUUCAAGGGAACAGGAAACAUUCUGAUCUCCUGGCGCCAUGGGAAGAUGAGGCAGAUUGUCCAGGAGCUGGGAUAUGCGGACCCUCCUGAAUAUCCUGAUGAUCGGUUCGAUUUGAUCUGGACGAUUCCAUUUCCUUAUGACAAUAUCACUGAGAUUCAAAGCGAAGAAUGUCCGGAAUUGGAUGUGCCAGUGCCAGCACUACUGAAGGUGCAAGAUUAUAUAGAACGCCUGCGAAGCCAUGCUCAGGCCUUCGACGGUUUACUGUCGCUGAUCCCGGCGAAAUUUUAUUACGGCGAAGAUGGCAGUGAUCAAUGGCAGCGCAAGAAGCAGACUAAGGAGCAGGCCCGUGAAGCCAAGCGGGCGAAGUUGGACCCCGAUUCCGCCAAGUCAGCCAAGGAUGUGAUGGACGAGAAUGCACGCAAGCGUAAACGUGACGAGGAAGGGAAUGGGGAAGAAGACGACUCUUCUGAUAACGGUGAACUCGGCUCCGAAAAGCCCAAGGAAGGAUUGAAGAGAGGAGAUGCCAACUCAAAGAAGCAAAAGCAGGCCGAAGACUCGGCUGAUGCGGAGCGCACAUCCGCCAAGUCGGCCGAAGAGGCAGAAGCGCGCAAGAAGUUGAAGGAGGAAAAGAAGGCCCAGAAGAAAGCUGCUCAGAAGGAGAAGAAGAAGGCCAAGGAAGCCGCUAGGAAGGUCAAGGUAGCCGAGCAGCCCGAAGAGACCGAAACACCUGCUGUGCAAAAAUCCGAGUCGACCCCCGCCAACAAGACCAAGGAACAAAAACAAGAACAAGAGGACAGCGAUAGUGAUGACAGUGAAAUUGCGGAUGGCGUCCCCGCCGAAGGUCUCUCGCUCGAGUUCAACGCCGAACAAGAAGAACAACCAUCCUCUUCUGCGUCCACCCCCAACUCCCCUGGGUUCGAUGCUUCCAAUCCCCAAUCGGGCAGCUCUUCCAUAUCCUCCAUUGUUCCCCCCACCGAAGCCUCCAAAUCCUCCACCUCCGAACCUAAGCCUCUCAAGCCUACCCCCGAUGAGCUCAAGCAACGGUUACAGAAGCGGCUCGAUGAACUUCGCGCAGCCCGACAUGCCGACGGGCUCAACGGAAAGCCCGCUAGAAACCGUCAAGAGCUAAUCGAAGCUCGCCGCCAAAAAGCCGAGCAACGCAAAGCGCACAAGAAGGAGCUGCGCCAAAAGGCUAGAGAAGAGGAGCAACGGCUGAAGGAUGAAGCCAUGGUCCGCCGCUUUUCUCCUGGUGGCUCGGGAUCCCUUCUCGCCUCCCCGCGCUCACCCGCUGAUUCCGUCGGCUCGAACAACAACUACGCUUUUGGCCGCGUUGUCUUCGCAGAUGGCCAACACGCCGACCCCACUCUUUCCGGAGUCCGGGAACAACCUAAGAGCCACGGUCCUAAAGACCCUGCCGCAGCCCUGAAGGCUGUUGAAGCGAAGAAGGCCAAGCUCGCCGCUAUGGACGAGCAGAAGCGGGCUGACAUUGAGGAGAAGGACCUGUGGCUUAACGCGAAGAAGCGGGCACAUGGUGAACGGGUCCGUGACGACACAUCAUUGCUGAAGAAGGCGCUUAAGCGCAAGGAAUCGGCGAAGAAGAAGUCUGAGCGCGAAUGGAAGGAGCGUCUGGAAGCCGUGAAGAAGGGCAAGGACAUGAAGCAGCAGAAGCGUGAAGAGAACCUCCGGAAGCGCCGAGAGGAGAAGGGCAACAAGGGAGGCGGCAAGAAGAAGCAGGCUGGAGGAGGUAAGAAGAAGUCCAGACCGGGCUUUGAGGGCAGCUUCAAGGCCAAGUCUGGAGGCAAGAAAUAA